GGCUGCAGAGCCAGUCAAUGGAAAAAUCAGAGAGAAACUGACACACCUUUUCUAGCAGCAAAGUCAAAUCUCCGUCCUUUGCAGCCUCCAGUGAGGGGCGGCGCCGAGAGAAACUUUGCGCCUUCAGGAAAGUUUAGCAACUGAACUACGAGAGAGGCAGGCCACACUUCAGGGGAUUUGCGGGCUCCGCGAUGUGUUCCAGAGCUUUCCAAGUGGGAAGAGGAGAGCGGCAAAAUGAAGACGCAGCGUGCAGGGGAGCCCACUGGAGUCCCGUGAGCUGUCCGGCGCUGGGGUACACAGUGUCUCCUAGUAUGACCUUGAUCUGAUCAGCCACCACGAGAAUUUGACUCCCGUGUCCUGCCCUGUAGUGCUGGGGCCUGAUCACCGCCCACACUAUAGAGCUGCCAUGGCUGCUGCCUCUACUUCCACCCCUGUCAUUUCACAGCCCCAGUUCACAGCCAUGAACGAACGACAGUGCUUCUACAAUGAAUCCAUUGCCUUCUUUUACAACCGGAGUGGGAAGCAUCUUGCAACAGAAUGGAACACAGUCAGCAAGCUGGUGAUGGGACUUGGAAUCACUGUCUGUAUCUUCAUCAUGUUGGCCAACCUACUGGUCAUGGUGGCAAUCUAUGUCAACCGCCGCUUCCAUUUUCCUAUUUAUUACUUAAUGGCUAAUCUGGCUGCUGCAGACUUCUUUGCUGGGUUGGCCUACUUCUAUCUAAUGUUCAACACAGGACCCAAUACACGGAGACUGACUGUUAGCACGUGGCUCCUCCGUCAGGGCCUCAUUGACACCAGCCUGACAGCAUCUGUGGCCAACUUACUGGCCAUUGCAAUCGAGAGGCACAUUACAGUUUUCCGCAUGCAGCUUCACACACGGAUGAGCAACCGGCGGGUGGUGGUGGUCAUUGUGGUCAUUUGGACUAUGGCCAUUGUUAUGGGGGCCAUACCCAAUGUGGGCUGGAACUGCAUCUGUGAUAUUGACAAUUGUUCCAACAUGGCACCCCUCUACAGUGACUCUUACUUAGUCUUCUGGGCCAUUUUCAACUUGGUGACCUUUGUGGUAAUGGUGGUUCUCUAUGCUCACAUCUUUGGCUAUGUUCGCCAGAGGACUAUGAGAAUGUCUCGGCAUAGUUCUGGACCCCGACGGAAUCGGGAUACCAUGAUGAGUCUUCUGAAGACUGUGGUCAUUGUGCUUGGUGCCUUUAUCAUCUGCUGGACUCCUGGAUUGGUUUUGUUACUGCUAGACGUGUGCUGUCCACAAUGUGAUGUUCUGGCCUAUGAGAAAUUUUUCCUACUCCUUGCGGAAUUCAACUCUGCCAUGAACCCCAUCAUUUACUCCUACCGUGACAAAGAGAUGAGCGCCACCUUCAGACAGAUCCUGUGCUGCCAGCGCAGUGAGAACCCCAGCGGCCCCCAGGAAGGCUCAGACCGCUCAGCUUCCUCCCUCAACCACACCAUCUUGGCUGGAGUUCACAGCAAUGACCACUCUGUGGUUUAGAAAGGAAACUAAGACAAGGAGCCCGCCAUCCUACAUUGAAGGAUGAACAGCCUCCCCCUACCCAAUUGCCAGGGCAAGGUGGGGUGUGCGAGGAUAAAAAUAAACUCAUGUACUUAAACACUAACUAACCGAUGACAGUAUUUGUUCCUAGCUCCCAGAAGACUUGAUAUGUAUUGCAAAUUAGCUUGUGUGACAACCCUCAUCUUGAUCCCCACUCCUUCUGAAAGUAGAAAGUGGAGUUCUUGCAAUGGAAUUCAAGAGUAGACUUCGGAGUGUCCAUUUAGAUUACACUAACUAAACUUUAAAAAAGAUUUUGUGUGGUUUGGUGCAAGUCAGAAUAAAAUCUGACUAGUUGAAUCCACAACUUCAUUUACAUACAGGCUUCCCUUUUUUACUUUUAAAGGAUACAUUUCACUUAAGAAACAUGCUUAUGCCUAUCAGCAUGUUUGUGGUGGAUAAGACUAUAGACUGUUUAUAAACUACCAUAAUUCCACUUUUUUCCUGAUGUAGGAAAACUGUAAAUUAGAAUUAUUUUGUUUAGAAAGCAUGCAUGUAAUGUAUGUAUGCAGUAUGCCUUACUUAAAAAGAUAAAAAGGAUACUAAUUCUAAAUCUUCUAGGAAAUAGAAGAACCUAGAUUUCAAAGCCAGUAUUUGUUUAGGUUAUGAAGCAAACAAUGUUCUAAUCACAAUAUUAACUUUUUAUUAAAGUGUUCUAACAGGUGUAAGACAGGGAAUGUAAGUUUAUUACCAAAAGAAUAUGUAUUCCAAAAAAGGCAUAGAAGGUGAAGUGCAGUAAUAUUGUUCCCCACAUAUUUAAAAUACCCAGGUACCUUCUAAUCACCAGUACAUCAGAGGAAAUUUUUUUGUAGCCUGUUUUUCUGAAUUAUGAAAUAAUACACACUCAUUAUAGAAAACUUGAAAAAUACAGAAAUGUAUAAAAAAGCAAAAAAGAUUACUGAUAAUCAUAACCCAGAAGUAACCACCUUUAACAUCUCCCCGCAUAUAUGUCUAUAUGUAUAUUAUAUACUUUUUAAGAUAAUUGGGAUUAUACUGUAAACAGUUUUAUAACUAGAUUUUUUUUUCAUUGCAGAAUUGCCACAUUUUCCUAUGGCAUUAAAAAUUUUACAAAAACAUAAUUUUAAUGGCUAUAUUAUAUUCCAUUUAAUGGAUGCAACUCAGUUUAUUUAACCAUUCCCAUAUUGUUGACUAUUUAGGUUAUUUUAAAUUUUUACUCUUAUAAAGUUGCAAAAAUUUUGUGUACAUAAAACGUUGUCUGUAUAAUUAAUUAUUUACUUAGGACAUAUUCCCAUGAAGGAUUUUUUUUUAAAUGUGAAAUGUCUGAUUACACUUUUACCUUCGUAAAAAGGGAUUUCCUGCUUUUGUACUGCAUGGGUGGCAGUUGUGAGGAAAACCAGUUAAAUUGCCUUUUUACAAAAGAAAUGCAGGGGUUACUUCAGUCAAAAGUGACUUUUUAAUAUAAUAAGAUGGCGUAGAAACAGUCAACUGUCAAAAUAACCAAGGCAUCCUAAUAUAUCUAGCAAUUCCAAAUUUUGUUUGAGGGCCCAGUUAUCCAGCUAGUGGUAGCCACACCUGCAAUGUAGAAUUGAAGAAAAUGCAAAGAAAUCAAACGUGCCAAGUGAAUAAAUGACUGUCAUUUUAAAUAGCUCGGGGCCCUUCUAUAGCAAAUGGGUUGAGUGUGUCAGUACGUGCCUGGCUACUGUGUAUUGUCCAGGAAUCACCCUGAUGACUGCCUCCAUGUUAGGUGAUACCUGUUUAAUACACUGUCCAGGUAAAGUAGUAAUUGCAUCUGUUUGUUGUGAGAAGUAACGAGUGAAGUAACGCAGUCAUGAAGCAGGUUGGGGGAGGUCAGGAGAAAGUCUAAGAGAAAGAGGGCCAGAAGAUGAAUGGCUGUCUAGGAAGGAGGAAGUCGGUGCAGGGUCAGUGUUUGAGCGGAGGACAGACUUACAAAGUCCCCACAGUGAAAGGAGUGUGGGGAACCAGUUAGCAGAAAUGUGUUUGCACAUACUUUAUACAAAAUACAGAACAUUUUAUAUUGGAAGUCAAAGAAAUGAACUUGGACUUUUGCUCAUGUGCAUAUUUUUUGGAGGAGAUAUGGAUUAUUUGAAAUUAAAAGCAUACUAAUUGGACCUUAAUAAAUCCUUUGCAAUCAGUGUUUGG